AUGUCGACAAGACGCAAAACCAAAGCCCUCGGGGGCCUCGACUAUCAGAAGUGCAAGAGAGGAGAAUUGGACAGCUUCUACACACAACGCACUGGCAAGCCAGUUCCCGCUAAGGUGAAGAACAAGGGCGACAUCACCCAGCACCUCCGCCGUCUCGAUCGCCGUCCUGGUGUCUUUCGCCUCCUCGACCUGCCGCCAGAACUGAGGAUCAACAUCACCUCCUACGCACUCGCGCUCGGGGAAGAGACAGAUUGGACCUCGAAGCUGUCGAUGUUCAGACAUGUCUACGUCGACCUCGAUCUUGGAUCUGUCCCAGACAGGCUCACGAAGGAGAAUGCUGAACAGCUGGUCAAAGCCGCAAACCACGAGUUGUAUAGUCUGUGCUCGUUCUUCACUACGAGUACCGCGCUCAAGACUGUCACUGUCGAGGUCAACCUCCGCGACAACCACAUCGUCCAACCUAACGCUGACCUCCGAGACCAAUCAUUCCUGGCAGAAGCUCUCUGGCCUAUCAACAUUCUCCCUUCCAACAUCCGCGUCAACCUCACCGGUGCAGCAGCCGUGCUUCCUCAGUCCUUAUCAUCCACCCGCGAGCUCCAACCACCACAACCAUCCGACAUCCUGCGUCAGCUCCGAGCGAUCCGCAACAUCGCGAACGAUCUUGAGAGAGUUCGAGACGCGCUUGGAGUCCCAGUGGACGCUGGUUUGAAGCUACUGCAAUCUACUAUCAACACCUACCUCAACCUCACUGGCUCAAUUACCGGUCUGCUACAUCGUGGCAUGAUGGAGUCCAUCGAGCAGGGCAGCGCCGUCUUGCCCGUUGCGGUCGAAACUCUUUUGGAGGUUAUCCUCGGUGAGAAAGGCAAGACUGGAGAUCAGAGCAAUAGAGCAGAGCAGGCCAAGCUCGAGGGCCACCGCUCGGCAGUUGAGAGGAUCAAGGGAGAGGUUGAGUCGUUGUUCGGGGCAUAA